AUGGACCCCGCCGGCACCAUCGUCUUCACCACCGUUGGUAGGCCCCAAUAUGGAUUUGACCUCUUCUCUCUCGAACUCUGCCCUUCCACCACCCUGAACAGUCCAGAGCAUCGCCUCACUGACGGCAUCUCCAUCAAUUUCAAUGCCCAGUUCGUUGACGACGAUCAGACACUCGUCUUUAUCUCCGAGCGAACUGGGUCUCCCCGUAUCUACCUAUCCAGGCCUGGAGUUGGAACUUACCCGGCUUAUACUUCGGUGGGGCCGAUAUUCGGUUCAGUGAAGGCAACGGUCCAGAUUGCAAGGAUGGAAUUUGAUCCGGUUGAUUUGGAUGGGGAUUGCGAGGACAUAAAGUGCGAGAUGAAGAUUUUAACGAGAGAGGAGACGGGGAAUAAUGCCUUCCCGUCUUGUUCGCCAGAUGGCAAGUUCAUCGUGUUUCGAUCUGGACGGUCUGGGCAUAAGAAUUUGUACAUAGUCGAUGCUGUCGAUGGCGAGUUGAACGGCGGUUUGCGUCAGUUAACUGAGGGUCCAUGGAUUGAUACCAUGCCCCAUUGGUCACCAAAUGGGGAUUUGAUAGCCUUCUCCUCCAACAGACACAACCCAAACAACGUUGACGCGUUUAGCAUUUUCGUGAUCAAGCCCGAUGGCUCGGGCUUGCGAAGGAUUCACGUGGCAGGUCUGGAGGGUACGAGUGAUGUGGACAGGGAAAGGAUCAACCACGUGUGCUUUAGCAAGGAUGGGAAAUGGCUGGUGUUCACGAGUAACUUGGGCGGGGUGACAGCCGAGCCAGUGUCUUUACCUAACAGUUUUCAACCAUAUGGUGAUCUGUAUGUGGUUAGAGUGGAUGGGAGUCAGCUGAGGAGGCUAACAUGGAAUGGAUACGAGAACGGGACGCCAGCGUGGCACCCCAAUGAUGAUCAUGCACUUGAUAUGGGGCACAUACGUUUGGGAAGUGAGGUCGGAGGAGAUAUGCUGAAAGGAGAAUUUGAUGAUCCACUUUGGAUCUCUUGCAACAUGUGAAUGUUUGACAUGUGGUCUGAGAAUAUU